GUCAGUGCUCUAUUUACUUCCAUCUUGAUUUUGUUGGUUUUUUUGUGGACUUUCUUGUGGUUCUUGGUGCGCAAUCGACUGGAGUUUCCUUUUCUGAGCUCAAUUCCAGCGAUUUGGGGCUUAAUUCAGCUGAAUCGAAGAGGGAAUUCUCGAGUUACUGUUCAUCUCGUUAACUUAGAUUUCUAAUUCGUUGCUGUUCUUGCUGAAUCGAAGGCCAACUUUUGGGGGGUUAUGAGCGACCUGGAAAGCCUCUCCUGAUUCUGAAAUUGGAUUUCCAUUCCAGCUGAAGAAUUCUAAGAUUUGAGGCAAAAUUGCAGUUCAUCGUCACUGUUCACAGUGCGACAAUGGCCUCUGUGAUUUUUCAGGUUCUUGCUCGUUUUCUCCUCCAUUUGGUCGUGAUUCUUGGGGGGUCUGUAAGGGUAUUUCAUUGCUAUUCUUGUUUUCUGAUUCAAUAAACUUGGGAUGGAUUCCUUGAAUUCAUGGUUACUGUUCAUGUUCUUGAGCUGUGCGUGUCUGCCAUUUUGUUGGGAAAUUAAGCACCAAAUUCCCCACACAACGGAAGACGCUAACCAGUAAAAGACCCAAACAGAACCGCAAGCCAAAACAAGUAAACAAGUGAAUGAGACCAAGAUUGUAACCGGAAAAACCCUCUUUACGACCACUAUAAAAAUAGUGCAAGUACAAUUUAACCAUCUAAGAUUACAACAUCAAUCCUAGACUCGCAUACAAUAUUUUGAGUGACCCAUAAAAUAUUGUAUGAAGAAACCAAUUGUACAACCCCUUCACAAGGAAGUAAAAGACCACGGGUGGAGACAAAAUUUCCUUUGCACUUCUUGUGCUUUCUCACAGUCCCAACAAAGCCAUGCAAGAAAAUCAUUAAAUAGGAAGCCAAGGCAAAAAUACCCAAGCCGACACCCACCUUGGCAAAUGAAAAGCCAUGCAUUAAUUAAAAUGCAUGCACCAUGACUUUUAAAGAUCACAAUCCCAAAAUUAAACUUGCAGAAAAAAAAAACGGUUCAUUGGGCUGGAUAAAUUUGUGAAACUAUCCCAACACAUUUUGUGACGGUUUGAAGACUGGUUGCUUUGCUCUUUGUGGACUCUUUGAGGAUUGUUUGAUGUUCGUUUGAGGUUUGUUUGAUUGUUUGGUGUGACAUUGGGGCGAAAUGGCAAGAAGAACAUGGGCAUGAGUACCAAAUUGGAAUUCCUUGAAACCUUUGUUUCGGAUAUGAAGAUGAAUAGGCUGAUGACCCACGCCCAAGACAUCACACAAUCCAUCUCUGAGGCUGUUGUAUUCAAUGAAGCUGGGAAGUCUUUGUUCGCUGCUUUUGUUGCUGCCAUCUUUGUGCAGAUUUCUGAACUGGGAAAGGCCAUUGUUGAGUCUUGUGUUGACUCCAAUGCCACAACACCAUCUAGUGACUGUCCUCUGUUGCCUCCUCUGGGUAACUUCAAGGCUGUUGUAGAGCAUGGGAAGGGUACGUUUGGCACCCCCAGGUGGUUGCUGUUUUCCCUGAGCCAAACCAUUAUUCUGUUUAGAUGCCAUCCUUCGCCAAGUUUAGUGGGAGGACUUGGGGUGCUUCCAAACUGUUUCCCUCAAGCAAGGUGGAGGUUGGGGAUGUUGAAAAUCCAGCAGAGGGUUCAAAGCCUUUGCCAUUCCAGCUGGUCCUGGUAUCAAAACCAUGGAGGACCUUGUCUUCGUGGUAUUGUCAAUGCAUUUCGCUGCCACACCUAGAGAUUGGGUGAUUCUAGUCUCCUAGUGAUGAAGGUUGAAAUCAGGU